AUGUCAUCAUCAUCGUCUCGGUCGUCCUCAAUAAUAUCAAAAACGAGCAAUUCUUCAUCUGAUGAUGGUUUUUCUCAAGAAUUGACAGCAAAGCUCCAAUACUUAAAGGAACAAGGAGAAGGAAUUGGAUCCCGGGAUUUAAAUAAUCAAUCCACGAUGCCUAAUGAACUUACUUCCUCGUCAAACAAAGACGAAGUGUACACUUCUAAUUAUCAAAUAUCUCAGCACGACACACUAGUAUAUGGUUCAUCAUAUCAAAAACUACAUCCUCCGCCACCACUUGAUUCUAAUAUAUUAUCAGAAACGUCUGGUGACGAAAUCUUAUCUACUGCAGAAUUUGAUGCCAUAUUCGCUUCUUUUUCUGCCAUUGCUGGUGAGCCAGAUGAAUGUGAAUGUGACUGUUUUUCAUCUGCAUCGACGGAUGAUAAAUGUUCGUUCUUGGAUGAUGACAAAUUAUCACAGGCUCUUGAUUCCAUUUCAAUUUAA